AGAUUUUGUUAGGUGACGGCAAAGGUAUGGUGAACUACGUCUACUUCGUAUUGUCGGGUACAUGUCGGCUUAUCGAACACAUGUUAAUUCUAGAAGAAAAACAUUACGGCAAAAUGACGUAUCAGUUAUAUGAUCCGGAUAAAUUAAAUACACCGCGGCGGAGCAGUAAAAGACUCAGCCGGAAAUCAAAUGGAGAAAUUAAUUUUCUAAACAAACCUGAAGAAAUUCCGGAGGUUAAAGAAUUUACUAAAAAAUUGCUGUCACAAAAAAUAAAAAAUCCUAUGGACUGUGACCGAGACAGUACUAUUACAGCAACAUUACAAGAUGUAGUAAACCAGUGGCAUGAAAUAACGGACGUUACAACAGCUUUGAUGCGCAAACCUUCAAAUUUAUCCGACCAAAUUUAUCCAGAAGCAGUUCGAACUAUUUUUAUCCAAAUAUCCGAGUUCCAUCGUGGCGCUUGUUUUGGUCUUGGUGAAGAAAUGCGAAAUCGACGUAUAGUAUCAACAACACCCGUACGCUGUUUAUUGAUUCCCCGUUACUGGUUGCUCGAGCACAACCACGCAAAUAUUUGGCAGCGAGUCAAAGUAUUUAUGAAUUCAAAAUACCCGACGAGAGAUAAACUGUUUCAACAGUUCAUUACAAACAAGAAAUGGAUGGAGUACAAGAAACAGUUGCUUGAUGACGUCAUAAGAAGAACCAAGAAGUCGUGUAAUAAUACGACUAUUCACGACGUUCCUUAUUCGAUUCGGAUAAAUUCGACCUACAAUUCUUAA